GCCGCGGCCUCGCUCCGGAGCUGGAGGCUGCGCGCCCCGUGCGCCCCGCGCCCCGACCCCAUCUUCCUCUCAAGGCCGCCGGCCCCUCUUCCUCCUCCGAGGGGUCAUGGCCCCCAGCCGGCGCAGGAUGGCCGGCGCAGCCCGGGUCCUGGAGCUCCCGGCGGCCGGACCAUGAUCCGGCUGGGCGGCUGGUGCGCGCGGCGGCCUCGCGGCUCGCCGGCGGCCGUGGGGAGGCGCCGGGCAUCGGGCGGCCGCGCCCUGCGGGUGCUGCUGGACAUGGACGGCGUCCUGGCCGACUUCGAGGGCGGUUUCCUGCGCAAGUAUCGCGCGCGCUUCCCCGAUCUGCCUUUCAUCGCGCUGGAGGACCGGCGCGGCUUCUGGGUGUCGGAGCAGUACGGCCGCCUGCGGCCCGGGCUAAGCGAGCAGGCCAUCAGCAUCUGGGAGUCCAAGGACUUCUUCUUUGAUCUUGAGCCUCUGCCGGGGGCUGUGGAAGCUGUGAAACAGAUGGUCAAUCUGCGAAACACCGACGUGUUCAUCUGUACGAGCCCCAUCAGGAUGUACAAGUACUGUCCCUAUGAGAAGUACGCCUGGGUGGAGAAGCACUUGGGCCCCGACUUCCUGGAACAUAUUGUGUUGACCAGAGACAAGACGGUGGUGUCCGCCGACCUCCUCAUCGACGACCGGCCAGACAUCACAGGAGCCGAGCCUAACCCCAGCUGGGAACACGUGCUCUUCACCGCCUGCCACAACCGGCACCUGCAGCUGCAGCCACCACGCCGCAGGCUCGACUCGUGGGCCCACGACUGGAAGGCAGUCCUGGACAGCAAGCGGCCCCGCUGAGUGCAGGGGCCUCGGCUCGGCUUCCUGCAGGCCCCAGCCCUGUCAGGCCUUAACCCCAUCUCAGGGCAGGGCUGGACGCCUCAAUCCCACCCCACCAUGGGACAGUUGAACCUGACCUCAGGGAGUGGCCCCGGGAAGGACUGAGGCCUGCCCAUCCCUACUCACACCCCAGGUGGGUGUGCCUCUGUC